AUGCUGCUGUUUCUCUCUCUCCCUGUAUAUAUAUAUUUUUUAAUCUUCAUUUGUUAUCUUUUUUCUCUCUUUUUUUUCCAACGGGAAGGGGAAACGAUGAGUGUGAUGGCACCACUCGUUGACCUUGCGGGGGGAGCUGUGCCGUAUGUGAAGGACACCACAGAGCGCGUUCCAACUUCUGCGACCUCGGCGGUGACGAGGUCCUGGUCACAUGUUGAUUGUGUGACUCUGUUUGCAACGUUUGCCGCCACGUCCUUUGCUUACUCCCUUGUUGGUCACCCCUUGUUUCUUGCGGUAUCUCGUCAGCAGUGCAGCACGACACGACUGACAGUGCGGCAGGUUCUUCAGGAGGUAUACUUGCAACAUGGCUACCGUGGAUUAUUCCGCGGUGCUGGUGUAGCUGUCUCGGGGACUGUCAUCAGUGAGCUCGUCUACUACCUGAUUGUGGAGUACGGAAAGGAGCAUUUGCCGCUACCGACAAAAGAGCAGCGAUGCCUUACAGGGGGUUUUGCAGCAGACCUCAUCUCCGGACCCAUUUUUAAUCCCUUUGCCGUGGUGUCGCAGGUGCAGAUGGUGGCUGAUUGUCGUGGCGGAGAGCACAAAUAUAGAAAUGCUUUUAGCACGACGAAAUGUAUUUUGAUGGAGCAAGGCUGGCGCACUCUUUUCCGUGGCACACUAUUAACCAUGGUGGUCUCACCCCUUACUGGGGCGUGGUGGUUUGUGUAUGAGCUGCUAAAGCAGAGGGCGUACAAAAUCGCCUCGCGCAGCGCACCCUUACUUGGGGCUGUUACUCCUGCUAGAGUUCGGCAAGAACUGCCUGUGACCUGCACUUCCACAACUGAUAAUCUCAUUGUGAACUGUGUUGUGGGGGCCCUGUCAAGCAUAAUCAUUGGUAUCUUGAUGAACCCACUGUACGUAUUACGACUUCGGCUGCAGGUGGCGAAAAACUUGGGGAGUACGCGUUUUCCGGCAAUUUGGAUGAUGCGGAAUGUUUUUCGAGAAGAGGGCAUCCAGGCGUUUUUUAAGGGACUGCGUGCGAAUCUUUUUAUGGCAGUCAUUGGCGGCUCGGCGUUUGGAAUGACGUACGAGGGAGCGAAACAAUUCUCAGAUAUCACUGAAAGUGGUUCUUUCACUCUUAGCACGUUAGAAAUUGGAUCCCGAUAA